GUGCCAUACAAGUGCAUAUAAGCGUGACUUUAACAUUUGGGGGCUUUUUGUACACCAUACGGAAUGUUUGUGAUUGGGAAUGCCAACCACUGUCAUCAAUGCCCUGCCCCCAGUGUGGGAGCUUUAAACACCAUGGUCACCUUGCUCACGGAAUAUCUUAUGGGGGCCCAAUGUCAAUUGGCAAGGUCAGAAUUAUAUCCUAGGGAUUAUGGUGAUACUGCCUUAAUGCAUGGUUUGGAAGCUUACGAUUUUGUGGUCGUAGGUGCAGGUACAGCAGGAUCCGUAAUCGCCAGUCGCCUUAGUGAAAAUCCCCAGUGGAAGGUGUUGGUCUUGGAGGCUGGUGGCAAUCCACCACAGGAAUCAGAGGUGCCUGCCUUGGCUUUUAGCACCUUGCACAGCCCGUUUGUCUAUAACUACACCACAUUGGCCAAUAAUCGUUCCUGCCUUGGCUUUGACAACAGCCAAUGCUAUUGGCCGCGUGGCAGAGUUGUGGGGGGAUCUGGAGCUGUCAACCUUUUAAUGUAUCUUAGAGGCAGUCGUGAAGUUUAUGAUGAGUGGUUGAAUAUGGGCAAUGCAGGAUGGGGCUAUGAUGAUGUUUGGCCUUAUUUUGAAAAAUCUGUAACACCCCCCAACAACAAUUCCUCAUCACAGGGAUAUAUAGAAGUGAAUUAUUUUCAGAAUGUGCUAAAGGAGGUUUAUACCACACUCUUUAAGGCAGCCCAAGAAAUGGGUCAAGCUCUGCCAGGAGAAUUUUCUAAAGAUAAUUAUAAGGGAUAUGCUCGUAUAAAGGGCACCGUUAAGAAUGGCCUGCGUACCACCACGGCCAAAGGUUAUUUAACACCAGCCUCCCAACGUUCCAAUCUGCAUGUUAUCAAACAAGCCCAAGUUAUGAAAUUGGAUUUCGAUUCCCAAAAUCAGAAAGUGAAAACGGUAACAUUUCGCCUUAGAGAAAGACGAACUCUCAAAGUUAAAAUCAAACGAGAGGUGAUUUCGUCGGCUGGUUCCAUAGAUACACCCAAAUUGCUUAUGCUUUCUGGCAUAGGCCCAACAGAAAUGCUACAGCGUUUGCACAUACCUUUGGUAAAAAACUUGCCUGUGGGCCACAAUCUCCAAGAUCAUGUCACGAGUUUGGUGUUUGUUAAAUUCGAAGACCCCAAUUUAGUUACGGAACAAAGUUUGGAUAACAUCUACAAUUAUUUGGUAUACAAAAAUGGCUCCCUGGCCACUAUAGGUCUUACCGAUCUGGUGGGCCUAAUAAAUUUGAAUGAUUCCCACCAAAAUCAUGAUUUGGAAAUAAUUCAUAGGAGUUUUAAAAAAGGCGAAAAGAUGGUUUUGCAAAACUUUGCCAAAGGCAUUUCAAUGAAAAAAGAAAUAACCCAUCAUUUGCUACAAACCCUAGAGAAUCACGAUUUACUUGUAUUUCUGCUACUGCUAGUCCACCCCAAGUCUCGGGGAACUAUAAGUCUUAAAUCAAAAUCUCCCAAGGAUCCUCCUCUCAUAGAUGCCAACUAUUUUGGUGAACUCGAGGACGAGCAUAACAUGGCAAAGGCUUUGAAAUAUCUGCAAACAUAUGUGGAAACCCCAGCCUUACAAGAAAAACAGGCGGAAAUAAUUGAAUUGCCUUUAGAGGAUUGCCAACAAUUGGAAUUUAAAAGUAUGGAAUAUUGGCAUUGCUAUAUCAGGUAUAUGACCACCACUUGUUAUCACCCGGUGGGUACAGCUAAAAUGGGUCCCCAAACCGACAACACUUCAGUGGUUGAUCCUAGCUUAAGGGUCAAGGGAAUUAGUAAUUUACGAGUUGUGGAUGCUUCCAUAAUGCCUACGAUACCGGGGGUAAAUACCAAUGGUCCAACGAUUAUGAUAGCCGAAAAGGCUGCUGAUAUAAUUAAAGAGGAUUGGUUAGAAGCCAAUAAAGGGGAAAAAUAAAAUUUUUGAAAAAAUUUACAAAAAUUAAU